GUACCCGAUGUGGCAACAGUGACGGAUGACAACACCAUCGACCAGUCCCGUGACGGCCGCCGCUCCCUCCCCUGACCUGCUGCUGACCUCUGACCUGACCUGUGUGACCCCGGGGGAAGGCGACCAGGUGGGAGCGAGGAGAGGAGAGGCACGGCACGAGGCAGCAGUGCCAGUCAGGAGGCACCAUGAAGUGUCACCAGAUCCUGACCGGCGCCUGCAAUGCCGGCGACCGCUGCUUCGCCGUGGGCAGCGUCGAGGGAGUGCCCUUCACCGCCUAUGCAGCGGGGUGUAACAUUGUGAUCCUGGCCAGCACCUUCGAGAGGGUUCAGGUCAUUCCCGGCGUGUGCCACAACAACAUCCAGAUCUCAUGUGUUGAUUGCUCCACCGACACCGGGAAGAUAGCAGCGGCAUAUGGCAGGCUUGUGUGUGUGUUCGAGCCCACGCCCCUCACGCACCAGCUGGCAUCCCAUAGGCUGGACUACCGAUGGGUGCAGACAGGUGUCAUCGAGGCCGAGGGCUUCAUCAACACCCUAUCCUGGAAUGUGGAAGGGACACGGCUCCUCACGGCGGGGGAUGUGCUGCAGAUGUGGGCCGCCCCCAUCCAACGCUACCCCGAUGAUGCUUCCUCCGGCCCCGUGACCUUUGACCUCGGGGGCUAUUCCGGGGAUGACGACUCCAUGGGGGGCGGCGGGGCGGGGCGAGACGAGACCAGCUGGGCGUGUGUGUGGCGAUGCCUGACAGCCGCCCCCACCGCCUUCCUCUCCUUCUCCCCCGACGGCACGCUCUUCGCCACGGCCGCCACCGCCGAUCGCCUGGUGAAGAUCUGGUAUGACAACAAACAUGUCCUCGCCUCCGCCCGGACCCAGGACCCCUCCCAGUAUGAAGGGGGGCCAUACGGCAGUGCUAGCAGUGGUGUGGGUGGUGGUAACAGUGUCCCUGCCAGUUACAGCUACAUCUACCUCCCCCACCCCAGUGCUGUCAGGGGCUUCACUUGGAGGGCCACCAGCAAGUAUAUGCCUAAGGGCAGCGUCAGUAACAUGUUGAUCACCUCCUGCCGGGACAACAUCAGCCGCGUGUGGGUGGAGACAGUGUUGCCAGAUGAUGACCUGGUGUCCCUCACGCAGCUCGACCCCACCGCCGCCCAGAAUCCUCGCUUCCACACGCACCGGCAUAAACAUCGCUUCCUUCAACGCCUCAAACAUAUGAAAGCUUGCUUCCACAUGCGCCGCCUCGCCAAGACCGGCGGGGGCGGCGGACUGGGCGGCUUCGGGUGCGCUGGCGGGAGUGGCGGAGGUGGAAGAGACGGAGGUGGAGGGCGUCCACUACCCACCAUGCAGUCAUCUUACUCCAUGCACGAUUUCCACAUGUAUGGAUUUCAUGCCAUGGGGAUCACGCCAGGCUUCCAGUUCCACCUUGCGGCCUCCAUCAACGCGGAGACGGACAUCCCCCUCGUGCCAAGCCUGGGCGGAGGGGUGGGUGGAGUGGGCGGUGGAGUGGGCAGUGUGGAGGGGGAGCAAGGCUUUGUCAUCCACUGGCUUAACAACAAAGAGAUGCACUUCACCUCGGAGGCGGAGAACAUACUGCUGGAGCUAUGCCGCCGCGCUCUGGAGAAGGAGAUCGUGGCGGCCGCUCUCGACCCCGACCGCCACUCAGAAAACAGCGAAGCAAGACCCGGGUAUCGCCCCCCAAGCCACCUAGGGAGUGGCCGCACCCGCUCGCUGGAUGAGGAUGAGGGUGGGAGUGUGAGCACAACAUCCAAUCCCCCCCCGCCCAUCCCUCCCCGCCCCGCCAUGUCCUCCCAUCAACCGCUCUCGGCAGCCACGUCAUCCACCUCGAUUGCCACGGAUGCGACGUCGGCGGCUGGGGCGGGGGCGGGGGCGGCUGGGGCUCUUGGGGAUGCGCUUGAUCGGAGGAUUGAGGCGCUGUUGAGGGCGUGGCACUCGACGUCGGAUGUCCUGUUCUCGAUUCAUCCGGUUGAUGGUUCGCUGCUGGUCUGGGUGGUUGACUUCCUGGAUGACUACCCCGGAUCAUUUAGACAAGCACAGGUGUCCUUCAGCGCGCGCAUCCCCUCGGCCCUGCCCCUGGGUGAUGCGAUGACCAUGUGCCCGCGCCUGGCCCUCUACUGCGGCGGCCCUCCUAAUGCCCCGGCCCUCAUGAGACAGCUGGCCCGACUGGAGGGGGUGGACGAGGAGGGCACGCGGAAGACCAAGGGCGGAAGAGGUGGAGCUUACGACGACAUGGGCGGGGGCGGGGGCGGCAGCAACACCCCGACCUUCACCGGCCUUGCCACCACCGCCAUGGCCGCCACCCCCGACCCCUCCCCCAUCAUCUCCCUCACCACCAAACACAGCAACGGAACGCUCAAUUUAUGGCAUCUGAGUGUGGCCGAGGGAUCGAGAUAUACCCAGGUCCUCAACAUCUCCCACUUCACGAGGGUCUGCGGUCAUCGGUUCCAGCUCAACGACAUCAAGUGUCACCCGGUUCUGCCGCUGCUUUUGUCCACCUCACACCACAACAAGCGGGAGGCCUCGCCGCCGCCCUCCGCCACCUCCGCCGCCCCCGCGCAGAUGGCCAACGAUGAGACGCCUCUAAUUUGUAUACAGGACCCCACCUACCGCGACUGGUGCAGUGAACUCAUCCUCUGGCGGGUGGACGCUGUUGGUCCGCUCAGCCGCUCUGGAGGCGUGACGGAGCUGGCGCGCGUCAACUCCCCGCACACCUCCGCCUUCUCCAACGCAGCCUGGAUCCCCACUCUGCUGCCGAGCACCACCCUAGGCAGCGUCUCGAACUCCCCCUCCGCCUGCUUCGUGGCGUCUGACGGAGAGUGUCUGAGAGUGUACCAGGCGGUUAUCGACGGACGUGCGCUCCUUGCCGAGAUAUCCACCAGCGAGCGGAAGAAAGUUAUGCUAAUGGAAUCUAACCUCAGCCUAUCCACUGACUCGUCACUUCAGGAGCAGGCCGGACAGGUGAACCUCUCGGACAUCUUCAAUAUCAUCUCGGAGCAGUCCACGGCCCGGCCAGGUUGCAUCAUCAAGUUGGACGCGAUCGGAGACGCGACAAAUGAUUGGAAACACACGCAGUUCCUCCACGUCUUCCAGGAGGGGCUCAUCCAGGGGGAGGCGGCCCUGGGGGGGGAUGCAGGUCGCACCACCAAGCUGUUUGACCCCAGCCACGCCCCAAUGGUUGACCUGCACUCCACUGCCAAGUUCGAGGAGCCCUUCUAUAUCACUCUGCUGGAGAAGACCUCGGCUGGCUCGACGAUGCAUGUGUGGCGCCUCGUCAUCGCCUCGGAGACCCAGGGGGGGCGCGAGGGGGGCCUAGGGGUGGACGAGGAGAGGGGGGCAGGCAGUCCCAUCUCCGGCCUCAGCACCCCCCCGGCCCCCGCCCCCCACGCCCCCGAGGAGGCCAUGGGAAUGGGUACCCUCGACGCAUCCCCCAUUGCUAUUACUACGACUAAGGUAUGCGAACAGAGCCUUCCCCUUCCACCCGGCGUCAGUGUACUCCACGCCUCCCCCGCUGCAGGCCAUCUUAGCUCCGCCUCCAUCCACCCAGCCUGCUAUGCCCCUUACGUCCUGCUGACCGCCUGCUCGGAUAACACCAUCCGCUUCUGGAGCUGUCGGGUUAGCGGGGGGGGUGGUGGUGGUUGUGGAGGGGUGCGGCUGUCCUGGCAGGAGUGGGCGAUGGUUGGGUGUGGCGGGCAGAGUGCGAUUAAGGUGCCUGGCCUACCCCUACACGUGAGCGCGGCGUACAGUGGGCGCAUAGCGUGUGCGUACCAGACAGCAGGCCAGAGGUCGGUCGUGUGCGCAAACAGCGAAGGAACCAUGGAUUUCUCGUGUACGCUGGCCAUUUAUGAGUGUGAGAGUACUGGAGGGUCACAGUGGGUGCUGGAGGACAAGUUUGACCUCAAUGACACGGUGAACCAGCCCAGCGACACAACCACAGCGGACAUUGACCUCGGAUACCUGUCCAGGAUGGCUGCACAGGGCCGCUCCACCACCAGCAAGCUCACCUCCACCUUCAGCUCCGAGGAUCUGUCGCCCUCGUCUCCGCUCUUCUCGGCCGACGCACUCCAGUCUGUUAAUACUCAACUCCUGGUGCCAAGUCCCAGCACCCUGCACUGUCUCCGCAACCAGAAAUUUGACAAGAGUGGUGUGCGGGUGAAACAGAAACACCCGGUUCAGAUAGCCUGGGUGUCGCAGGAGGACGGCUCCCACCUGCUGACGGCUGCUAUCGGGAGUAAGGUUGUCGUGUACACCAGCGUGGCGGAAGAGGUUGCCAUGGUGACCAGCGGAUCGGAGAAGAAGAAGGACAAGGAGGGGCGGACGACAUCAAUGGCAACUUCCCGACCGGUCCUUCAGAAGUCGAUGUCAAUGCAUACUCUGUCCGACACCAAGCUGCCCAGAUGGAUGCGACUCCAGCGGCUCUCCCUCGCCACAGCGGACGGCCUCGCACCCCUCCCCAUGCAAGUAUCGUGGGUGCGCGAUGGCAUCCUCGUGGUGGGCAUGGACAAUGAAGUUCACGUCUAUACCCAGUGGCAUGAUCCAGUUGACCACACCAAAUCCCACAUCACCACCACCACCACACCGAGCAUCCUCCCACCGCCCGAGGAAGUGCAGAAGGAGGAGGAGCAGGACGAGGGGGAGGAGGUGGAUGAGGAUAUGGGGAUGGCGCGAGAGCUGACAGAAGCCAACCUCAAGACCUACCUCCAGGGGUCGGCGCAUCACCCCAAGGGAGGCGCCUCAGGAAUGGCCAGGGUGACAUCAUACUCGGUGCUGGCCGCCCUCGACACCAAGAUGAAGAAAGGUCUGGGGGAGGCCAUAAGCGGGGCGGGGGCCAGUAGCAGCGGGGGGAGCGGCGGGGGCAGCCUGUCGGGGGAUGAGGCGCCCCUGUCGGGUAUCUUUGAGGCGGGGCACAUGGCGUCCCCGGUCCUGCCCCAGUACCACCCCCGCCAGCUGAUGGAGCUCCUCAAUUCGGGGAAGAUACGCCGGGUCAAGGCCAUCCUCGCUCAUCUGGUUAGGUGUCUAUCCCAGCUCGGCCAGCGUGGGAGCGAGGCACCGGGUCGCAUCAGCCUCAGCGACCAGGAUGAUUCCAGGUCUAGGGUGUGGUCACGAUCGCGCACCCUCUCCGUCUCCGGCACCCAGGCUGGCUCUGCCGGCAGGGAGGGCGGCCGCGGCUCCAUCACCUUGCUGGCGGAGGAGCUCACCCUGGACUACAUCGAGGUGACGGCCAUCCCCCCGCUGCCCCUGUGGUUGCUCCUGGAGGCUGACCGCGACACCGCCAACCAGCAGCACCGCCACCCUACCUACCACCACCGCCGGGGGUCUUCAGCCGCCGCUCCCAAUGCCGCCAAGGAGGACGCGUACGCUGAGCUGUUUGGCGGCCCGACCCUGGGGGGGGAUGAUGAUGACCUGACCCUGGAGGAGGAGGAGGAGAUGGCCGCGGGAGGAGGGAGGAGGAAGAGCCUAUCCCAUGAGUCUAAGGGCAUCACCUUCUUUGGACCACGACAGGCGCAGAUUCUGGCAACACUGCUGACCCAUACCCACCUGCCCGGCCUCUCCAGCCUUGACCAGAUGCACCUCCUGGCCCUGGCGGACACCGUGGCCUCCUGCAAUGUGGACUUCGCCGAUCGCUUUGACAUCAACAAGGCCAAGGAAGCGCUGGCCAAGGAGACAUUCUCGCGCACUGGUACCGAUGAGCCUUCCAUGGAGACCCUAGACGACUGUGGGCUGCGCUUCCUGCUAGCCAUGCGUCAUCACACCUAUCUUCUGCGGUGCCUCCCCAUCGCCCAGCGCGCCGCCCUUCAGAAGACCGGUAUUGGGAGUCACAAUUUCGUCUGGGCAUUCCAUUCUGAGAGCCAAGAGGAGCUGCUUGAUUUCAUCCCCUCCAUGCGACAGGGCAAUCCACGCUGGUCCGAGCUGAGGGAGUUGGGUUUCGGGUGGUGGGUCAGGAACAAUACACUGCUAACUCUUUGCUUCAACAAGAUCGCCAAGGCCGCCUUCCUCAUGCGCAGGGACCCACUGGACGCCGCCAUCUACUACCUGGCCAUGAAGAAGAAGAGCCUGGUGUGGGGUCUGUUCCGCUCCAUCGACGACAAGCGGAUGACCGACUUCUUCUCAAACAACUUCGCCGAGGAGCGCUGGAGGAAGGCUGCCCUCAAGAACGCCUUUGCCCUCCUCGGAAAGCAGCGGUUCGAGCACGCGGCGGCCUUCUUCCUCCUUGCUGGGGCUCUCAAGGAUGCUCUGGAGGUGGUGUUGAACAAGCUCCAGGAUGAACAGCUGGCCAUCGUCAUCAUCAGGCUCUACGAGGGGGAGUUUGAGGCUGUUCCCCCGACCCUCCGGAAAAUGCUCUACACCCGGGUCCUCGGAUACGACGAAACCGGGGCAACCGAGCUCGUCAGUCUCACCGCGGAUGACAACCUCGCCACCAUAACCACCUCCGCCUCGGACCCUCAACCGUGCGUCAUGCGGAUGCACCCCGAUCCGUUCCUGCGCUCGGUUGCGUUCUGGAUGCUUAAGGAUUACAGUGGGUCUCUCAACACACUCCUCCGCACUCAGGUCACCCUCGGUAUCCACCACCCGGAUUACGUCGGAGGCGGAUUCAGGCGGAAGAUGUUCGGGUCGUCGGUUUCAGCUGCCGACCCCAGUGUCUUCAAUUUCUACAUCUACCUACGCACUCAUCCACUGCUCAUCCGCCAGUGCAUUGCCAACACAGCCAAAGGAGGAGGUGCAGCCACCCUCAUGGCAUCCAGACUCAGCGCAGGUCAGCAGACGAGCGUGUAUGGGAGCACUAUGACGCCUGCUGAGCGCCGGUUGUACUUCACCACAGCGCACGCCCACCUCACCGCCGGUUGCCCCACCCUGGCCCUUGAGGUGCUGUCCAAGCUGCCUCACAAUGUCACUGAGCUGCAGGAGCCGACCACGGGAGACCUUCUCGGCAGCCCCACGAAGGAGAGGAAGCCAUCAGUAGGCCUAAUCAGCAGUGGGACUCUCGGGGCUAACACCACUUUGGCUGACACUGGCCUCUCCUUCGACUGGGCCGCUCCAUCCUCCUCCACCUUCACUCCACGCCGGCAGGAGGCGGAUGAGCUGGACCUGGAUUUCUCACUUGGAGGCGGGGAUGACGAGGAGGAGGAGGAGGAGGAGGCGGAGGAGGAGGAGGAGGAGGAGAAGGGAGGAGCUGAUGAUGAUGAUGGUGGCCGCCCCAAGCAACUGGACAUCAUGGCGCAGCAACUGAAGUUCAUCUCGUGUCUCAAAAUGAUGAUGGAGUCCCUGGCUACGCUGGCGACGGGCUGUGAGGUGGAUGGCGGGCAACUGCGAUACCAACUCUACGUGUGGUUGGAACGCGAGGUGGAGGCCUUGAAGGAGGUGUGCGAUUACUGCAGCGCGGAGACCCAGCCUGGAGCACUCAACUUCAACGGGGGGUUGCUGAAAGAGCUGUCUGGUGAUGGUGGUGGUGGUGGUGGUGCCUUCAGCGACCCCGAUGUCCUCGACCCCUUGGGAGCCGAGGACGGGGUGGGCGGGGGCGGGGCGGAACAACCCCCCAUGGCCGCCAACACCCCCGGGCCCCCCUCCGAGCCUGCCACGCUUCAUGAAAUUCUACAGCAAGAGAAGGCCGAGUUUGAGGAGAAGAUGGAGCGGGCAGGCAGGAGGAAGCGAUGGCUGCUGGCCAACCAGCAGCUUCUCCGCACUCUACUUAGCUACUGUUCACUGCAUGGGUCCAGCGGUGGCGGCCUAGCCUCGGUACGCAUGGAGCUAAUUCUACUUCUUCAGGAGCUUCAGCAGGAGAACAGCAAACAGCAGCUCCUCUCCCCGCUGCCCUUCCCCACCACCCUUCCGCUCCUCUCCGCCUCCAUCGCAUCAAACAAGACCGUUGUGUCGGAUCCUGUGCGCCACUUGCAGGCCGGGACACACGACCUCCUUCAAACCCUGGUGGAGCUGCGUGGUUUAGAGCGCCCCCGCCCCUCCGUGCUGGGUGAGGCUGCUGUGUUGAGGAACCUGGCUGCUGCGCUGUCUGCCUGUAUCUACCAGUCCCUGUGUGAUUCCGAGACCUUCACUGUUAAGACACAGCACAGAGUGGCCGCAUUGGGCGUGGACAUUCAGCACCUCAGUGUGGCCCAUCGCGAGAGUCACCUGGUGGGCCGCGACACCCGAGGAGGGGCCGCCACAUCAGAGGAGGAGGCGCUGGUCGUCUGCACCCCCCCCGCCAAGUGGCCAGGCGUCACCUCGCUGCUCGCACUGCUGGCCCGGGAGAGGGACGAGGACACCCCUAAGCUGAGCCUGCUGCUGUGCGAGGCCUUCGUGGCGGUGUACCUGAGCCUGUUGGUGCAUGGGGUGGCCGCCAGCGACGCCUAUGUUCUGUACCGGCUCGUGGCGCGUCCCGUGACCGACCGGGACUGGGCGACACUCUUUGGGGGCGGCGUGAAGAAGCAGCUCAAGGUUAUAACUGCUAAUGUUCUGCCGAGCCAGGGUUCGGUGGAGCGUGAGAGCAGCGUGGCGGCGGCGGCGGCGGUGGCGGCUGUGGGCGGGGAGAAGCUGCUAUCCACCUUCUCCAAGACUCGCAUGAAGAUCAACAUGAAACUGCUUGGUCAACUCGGGUUCCAGGACCCCCGGGGAGCGUCUGCCGAGGGUGAGGGCAAAACAGCCUACCGAGAGCACUUCCUCCCCCCAGAGAUGUCCAUUGUGUCCCUGCUGAUGAAGAAGCCUAUCCUGCCGCCCGAGCUUGAGAACAUCGAUUACGACUCUUCUGGCAGCGACGACGAGCAGGAGGACUUGGAAGAGGAGGAAGAUGACGAUGUAUUCAAGGAGCCCAAGGUCCACACCGAGAACCGCGAGCACUGUGACCCAGACUCCUACUCCUGGUGCAUCCUACGUCUGGCCACGAUCAGGGCCGCUCGGCAAGUGGUGGCCAGCUUCCUGGAGGUGGCCGGGGUGGAGAUGAUGGAGUUACCAAUGCAGAGCCCACUCCUCCACUCUAUCCUGAGGGCGCUGGACCACUGGAUAGACGCCCUCGUUAGCCACCUGGAGUCCAAACGAGGGCCUCCACCUGAGUAUAUACCUGGCUGCUUCGCCGAGACGCAGGUCAUGGGUCCGGCUAUCCUGAAAUACCGCGCCCUUCUGGAAACACACAACACACCCUUUGCGCACAACAAGAGGGGGGUGAAGGCUGUCCAGCGUCUGUGGCAUUUCCUCGUACGCCAAGAAAACGUUCAAGAGGUCUUCGUCCGGUACAUCUUCGGCCGAAAGCGCCCCAUCCAGGAGCCGGCCACCCUCCAGUCCGACCAUGAUGAUCCCAACAGUGACGUUGCCGACGGAAUGGACGGAUCAGGAACGGGCGAGGGCGGAUCGGAGGGGGGCGGGGAGAGCCACAUGGACCACUCCGAAGGGGGGGGCACCCUGUCGGAGGGGGUCGGGGCUUCCCACUCCGCCCCCCCGCCCCCCACGCUGGAGCCUGUUAGGAUUAUUCAUAAGGAUCAGGACUCAAUCACGGCCUUCUGUAUCAAUGAGGUGAACCCCGGGCUGGUGGCUGUGGCGACGGUGCGAGAGGUGCAGGAGCUGGACAUCUCACUGCUCCUGGAACACCCCGGCUGGUUGACCAAUGAGUGUGAGCUUGACGUCCUUGCCCUUAACAAGGAGCCCGACUCCGUGCCCAUGUCCAACUUCCUCGUCAUUCAAACUCCGCUCGACAAGAACAUCCUCGACUCAUCCAAAUUAGGUCAUGAGGGUAACCUAUCGUCUUCGUCAAGCAUUAAUUUCUCGGGCAUGGCACCUCCGAACAUGGGGCAGACUGGGCGUGGUACUAAUGUGCUGAAGGAACUGAAGAGCGCAGGUUUCCCCGGAGCUUCAAACCCUCGCUUCUGUCGCUUUGUGUUCGAGCGCAGCAGACUCUACCUUAAGCCGCUGCUGAGUCAUCGCAUUGAAGGAACUCGACGGAUGACCUCACACCCGGUCCUGCCCCUCUACUUGGUGGGGUGCCAGGAUGGGUCAGUGGUGGUACGCGAGUGGCACCAUCACACAGCUGUGGCGCGUCCCAGGCCGGGCGGGACGUUCGCUAAGGUGGCCCGCGUCCGCUUCAACCAGCAGGGUAGCAAGUUCGGAGUGGUCGAUGGCGAUGGUAACCUCUCUCUCUACCAGCUGGGGUUGGCGUCUACGGUCAACAAGCCCUUCUAUACCCACCAGUGCCACAACAAACAUGGCAGCGACUUCGUGUUUGUUGGUUCGUCCAGUCUCAUCGCCACGGCAGGCCAGUCCUCAGAGCACCGCAAUGUGGCUCUCUGGGACACCCUUCUGCCGCAGCGCAAGGCCAAUGUUGUCUCCUGGUCGUGCCAUGAGAGUGGGGCGUCAUCUCUGCUGUACGCGCCCCACCACCAGCUCCUCCUCUCGGCCGGCAAGAAGGGGUCGGUCUGCAUCUUUGACAUACGACAGCGCGCCAUGUUGCCAAAGAUCCCGGCCCACGACUCAGCGAUCAAGUGCAUGGCUCUGGACCACAGCGAGGAGUUCUUCUGCACGGGGUCAGCGGAUGGUGAUAUCAAGGUGUGGGGGCUAGGCGUUCACCACAACCUUAUCUACAACCUCAGUGGGGAACACUCCAAAUCGACCCUCUUCAAGAACCUAAGCCAAGGGGUGACGCAGCUCCACCUAGACACCUCCAGCAGACUGUUCUCCUGCGGUGCCGAUGGGUCCAUUAAACUGCGUCAGCUGCCCGAGAGAGACCUGAGUGCGGCCCAUCUUUAAGGGAGGGUGCGAGGGGGUGUGUAGGAUGUGUGUCUGUGUGUGUGUGUGAAAUAUGUGUUUGUGUGUGUGUGUUUAGGAGAGUAUAAGAUGGAGAUUAGCGCGUGUGUGUGUGUGUGUGUGUGUGUUAGGGAGUGUGUACGACAGAAGGAAGGGUGUGUGUGUGUGAGGGUGUGAGAAGGGUGUGUUAGUGUGUGUAAGCUAAUUGGAAGGGUGGGUGACAGAAUGAGGGAAAGAAAGAAAAGAAGAAAGAGUGGAAGGGAAGAAGGAUGGAAGGAAGGAAGGAAGGAAGGAAGGAGCUGUCAAUCAGAAUGGCAAUAGCAAAAUGAUACUAAUACAUAAUAAUAAUAAUAAUAAUAAUAAUAAUAAUAAUAAUAAUAAUAAUGAGCCUGUUGUAACAUAUAUAACUACACCGAUUAUAUAUAUAUAUCUUAGUAGUUUUGUUGUGUAUAAUUUGUUCAGUGUAAUAAUAAUAAUAAUAAUAAUUGAAGUGUAACUAUUAAUAGGUAUUGUGUUAUGUACCUAGAGAGAGAGAGAGAGAGAGAGAGAGAGAGAGAGAGAGAGAGUUAUGUAUGUUUCUCAUGUAUAUUACUAAUUUAAAUUGUUAGGACUACUACUACUACUACUACUACUACUACUACUACUACUACUACUACUACUACUUUUACCCAGAUAGUAGUGAAAGGUGAACAGAAUCCAGAUAUUUAUAGGUUACUACUACUACUACUACUACUACUACUACUACUACUACUACUACUACUACUACUACUGUUAUUAUUGUUACUAUCUUUGUUUAUUUGGGUUCUAGCAGUAUUAGGAACAAGUUUAAUAUAUAUACAUAGAGGUCUGUGUGUAUACAUAGAUAUAUAUAUACAUACAUGGAUACAUAUAUACAUACAUACAUACAUACAUUCACAAUGCAACUCUGAACAUUCCACUAAUUGUUGUUAAUGUAUUGGUUAAAAUAAUAAAGAUUGUGAUUGUCA